AUGCAGCGAGAUGAGUUACAUGUAAAUCUAUCAUCUGUCAUAGCGGACCAAAACAUUUGUUUGGAGGGACCAAAAAGACUUGGAUAUUUUUCGUUCUAUUGCAAUGCUGGAAAUGAAAGUGUUUACUGUCCAGACCAAUCAUCUUUACGGUACUUGGACUUACCUAAUCCAAUCUAUAUCAACGCCCUCCAAGGAUAUGACAAGAACAUCAAGUAUGGUCUUAGACGAUCCAAAAACAAACAACUAUUACGAUGGAUUUUGCAAAAUGAAACAAUUGUGCGUAACUUUACACACGAUUUCAUCUGUUCCAAUGGUGUACUGAAAGAUAUAAUGAUUUUUCCGUACCGUUCUUAUGGUCGUUUUGGUUCUAAUUACGGUCUUACAUCUAUGAACAUUUCUGCUGUCAAGAUUAGAGGAAAAAUUAUAUUAGAUAGAUGCGAUUCGACUGCGAAAAAAAUGCGAAUUGAUGUACAAUCAGAAAGGGACAACUUAUCGACUUAUGCAGGUUUCAAUUUACAACGUUUGAUUACCAAGAAUAACAACCAUUCUCAAUGUGCUUCUGGAAAAGAAAAUGAUUCAUUUUAUGGUGUUUUUCACUCAAACAUUGGUACUCAUGGAAUAAUUCAUGCUGGAUAUUUGGACUGUGUUGAGAGUCAAAAAGAAAUGGAUAAACCUUUCGAUGAAAUGAAGUUUGUGCUUAUCAAAAAGCAUAAUGCUCCGAAACGAAAUAAAUAUAACGAAUAUGACGAAACUUCACAUCCCUCUAAAUAUGACGAAACUUGGUGGUCAUUGGCUACUCUUGCUGGCGUUGAUACAAUUAUUCAUGCUAAAUGCGAACAAGGUUUUAGGGUAAAAAACAUCAACAAAAUAAUUGUAAGCAAUAUUAUUGAUAGAGAAAGACAAAAGCAGCUUCUCACUACAUUGAACAAGGUUCUUGAUUUCGUCAAGUCAAUUGUUAAAGUUGAAAACCAAUAUUAUAACUUUUAUUUCAAUUGUACGAAUCGAAAGUUGACUGGAUACAUGAGAAUUGAUUCCAUUGACAUUAUCAUUCCCUCAUGGUAUACGGAUGGACAACUGCCCAAUGAAUCUUAA